AUGGAGAAAGAACACCAUGACCCAUCGAGGCCGUCCAGUAGCGGAGAGGACUCAACGUCAAUCGAUGUUGUAGCACAGCGCGAGAUGGAGGCCAUGACCCGCAUCGCUUCUAGUCAGCUCGGUCGCCAACUGUCCAGUCACUCCACCUUCCGAAAGGACGAUCCCCGGCUAGAUCCUAGCAAUCCAGACUUCGACUACCGUGUAUGGGCCCAAAUGGCUCUCAAGACAAUGGACAGAUCCGGCAUUGAGCUACAGCGGCAGGGCAUAGCCUUUUCGAACUUGUCGAUAUCCGGCUCCGGCUCUUCUCUUCAGUUCCAGGAGACAAUCGCUUCAACCUUCACAGUACCUUUUCGCAAACUGACGUCAGUGAUUAGUGGGGGGAAAAAAACCACUCGGCGCAAAAUCCUCCAUGAAUUCGAUGGUCUUCUCGAAAGCGGGGAGUUGCUCCUUGUGCUUGGUCGCCCUGGAAGCGGUUGCUCUACAUUUCUGAAAACGAUAUGCGGACAUCUUGGUGGGCUGACAGUCGAACCUACUACUGAAAUACAAUAUGAAGGAAUCAGUUUUGAAGAUAUGAUACAAAGAUAUCGGGGAGAAAUUACUUAUAACCAAGAAGUUGACAUACACUUCCCCCAUCUAACAGUCGGCGAAACCUUGUCCUUUGCUGCGCGCGCGCGUGCACCGCAUAGACGCAUGAACCAGAUUAGUCGCGAAGAGUAUGCGGAAACAAUUGUACAGGUUGUUCUUGCCGUCUUCGGCCUCUCCCACACCAAAGAUACCAAGGUCGGAGACAAUAUGAUCCGAGGAGUCAGUGGAGGGGAGCGCAAGCGAGUGAGCAUCGCCGAAAUGUUCCUGUCUAGGUCUAGAAUUGGAGCAUGGGACAAUAGUACCCGCGGCCUUGACGCAGCUUCGGCACUGCGAUUCGUGGAGACACUUCGUCUCUCCGCUGACCUUGGGGAGUCAUGCCAUGCAGUGGCUGCCUAUCAGGCUUCUCAGUCCAUGUACGACCUCUUUGACAAAGUGAUCCUUUUAUACGAAGGCCACGAAAUAUACUACGGACCUGCUGCUGAUGCAUCGGCUUAUUUUGAAGAGAUGGGCUGGGAUAGGCCCCGACGACAGAUGACUGGAGACUUCUUGACAUCAAUCACCAACCCUGGGGAAAGGAGACCUCGCCCAGGGAUGGAGGAAAAGGUUCCACGAACUGCCCAAGAAUUUGCUCAAUAUUGGAAGCGAAGUCCAGAGUAUAAAAAUGUUCGGAAUCAGGUGGCAAAGUAUAGAAACGACCACCCGCUCAAUGGAGACGAAGCAUCGGCAUUUCAUACUGACCACAAGGAGCAGCAAGCACGGCACGCCCGAGAGAGCAGUCCGUAUCUUCUUUCAAUACCAAUGCAAGUACGACUCUGCGUGCGACGCGCGUUCCAACGUAUGCGAAAUGAUAUGCCAACUACCAUGUCCACAGUUGUGGUUCAGAUUGUACUUUCCCUCAUCGUCGGUUCAAUAUUUUACAAUUCCCCCAACACAACCACUGGGUUUUUCCAAAAAGGGGCAGUCUUGUAUUUUGCAAUUCUGUUGAAUGCUUUACUGACCAUCAAUGAGAUCAUGCUUCUCUACAGCCAGCGGCCAAUAGUCGAGAAGCAGGCUGCAUUUGCAUUUGUUCACCCAUUUACAGAAGCCAUAGCCAGUGUCCUUGUGGAUCUCCCUAUUAAGGUCCUUCGAGUCACCAUUUUUUCCAUUGUAUUAUAUUUCAUGGGCAACCUCCGCCGGGAACCUUCCCAGUUUUUCAUUUUUUACCUCUUCCUCAUAACCUCCGUUCUUACCAUGUCAGGAAUAUUCCGUAGUAUUGCGUCUCUUACCAGAUCCAUUGGCCAAGCAAUGGCGAUGGCCGGUGUUAUGGUCUUGUGCAUUGCCGUAUACACAGGCUUCACGGUGCCACAGCCCUACAUGCACCCUUGGCUAUCCUGGAUCCGCUGGAUAAAUCCUAUCUAUUACUCAUUUGAAGCUUUGGUCAGCAAUGAAUUCCACGGUCGCGAAUUUCCUUGCGGCCGUUUGAUUCCAAGUUAUGCGAACGGAACAGCAUUCAUUUGCUCCGCCGUUGGUGCUGUUGCUGGACAACAUUACGUCUCUGGUGAUGCUUUUAUUGAGGGCAACUACGAAUAUCAUUAUUCACAUGUAUGGCGCAACUUUGGCAUUCUUAUCGCGUUUAUGAUAUUUUUCAAUGGCCUCUAUUUCACCGCCACAGAACUUCGCACUGGAAAUGUUUCCAAAGCAGAAACUCUGCUUUUCCGUCCCGGCCAUGCUCCCCGUUACCUGCAGGAUGAAGGUGACGUCGAAAGCUCACAGGCAAGUACACAAAAUGUUUCUCCCCAAACAGAAACCAAUUACGACACAAUGCAUCUGCCAAAACAAAAGGACGUUCUUUCGUGGAAGGGUAUCAAUUAUGACAUCCCUGUCAAGGACGGCACCCGUCGACUCCUUGAUAAUGUGAAUGGUUGGGUCAAGCCCGGUACAUUGACUGCACUGAUGGGGGUUUCCGGUGCAGGUAAAACCACCCUACUCGAUGUACUUGCCCAGAGGGUCUCCAUUGGGGUCGUCACAGGGGAUAUACUGGUGAAUGGGAAAGGUCUGCAGUCCAACUUUCCGCGAAGAACGGGAUACGUUCAGCAGCAAGAUCUUCAUCUAGAGACUACGACCGUUCGUGAAGCGUUAAGGUUUAGCGCAAUUCUUCGUCAGCCAAAAAUAGUCUCAAAGGAGGAAAAAUAUGAAUACGUUGAGGAGGUUAUCAAGGUCUUAGGAAUGGAGGACUUUGCUGAGGCUGUGGUAGGGAAUCUCGGGGAAGGCCUCAAUGUGGAGCAAAGGAAAUUACUUAGCAUUGGCGUCGAACUUGCUGCGAAACCUACUUUGCUUAUCUUCCUUGAUGAGCCAACGAGUGGCCUUGACUCACAAAGUUCUUGGACGAUUUGUGCCUUUCUUCGAAAAUUGGCCGAUCAUGGACAGGCUGUCCUGGCUACAAUCCAUCAACCUAGUGCUUUGCUAUUUCAAGAGUUUGAUCGUUUACUAUUCUUAGCCAAGGGUGGAAAGACCGUCUAUUUUGGUGAUAUCGGCGAAGGGUCAAAUAUUUUACUUGACUAUUUUGCUAGAAAUGGAGGACGAAACUGCGACAAGUCUGAAAACCCCGCUGAGUACAUUCUGGAUAUUGUCUCUGGGGACAAAGAAACUCAGAUAGAUUGGCCGGAGACCUGGAAAAACAGUCUUGAGUAUGCAGAGAUGAUACAAGAGCUUGACCGACUUCACAAAUUAGAGGCUGCGGAGGAUAGCACUCAAGAGCUUGAUAACGACAGUAGCUCUGAAUUCGCAAUGCCUUUCCUCAGCCAACUUUACUAUGUCUUGCUCAGGGUAUUCCAACAAUACUUUCGCCAACCAGAGUAUAUUCUGUCCAAGUACAUACUAGGAAUUAUUUCUGGUCUUUUUAUCGGCUUCUCAUUCUGGAAGUCUGACAAUACGCAGCAAGGAUUUCAAAACGUCUUGUUCAGUGUCUUUCUUUUGUGUACCAUAUUUGGAACCAUGGUUAACCAGAUCAUGCCCAAGUUCGUGAUGCAGCGGUCUCUUUACGAAGUGCGGGAGCGGCCAUCUAGAGUCUACUCAUGGAAAGUCUUCAUCCUCUCGCAAUUAAUAGUUGAGAUUCCGUGGCAAUUUGGAAUCGGGGUGUGCGCCUGGGCAUGCUUUUAUUUCUCCGUAUUUGGUACUGGUACGACUACUGAAUCACGAGGAAUCGUGCUACUCUAUAUCGCCCAGUUCUACAUGUAUGCUGGCAGUAUGGCCCAGUUCGUUGUUGCGGCCAUUGGCGAACCCGCUGUAGCUGCUAUGCUUGCGACCAUGAUGUUUGGUCUAUCUUUCAUAUUCAAUGGAGUUAUGCAGCCUCCAAGCAUGCUGCCGCGCUUCUGGAUUUUCAUGUACCGCGUCUCGCCAUUCACAUACUAUGUUGGGGGUAUCAGCGGCGCAGCGUUGCAUGGUCGCCCUGUGACGUGCAAUGCAGCCGAGCUCAGCGUUUUUGACCCACCCGCUGGGCAGACAUGUGGACAGUACCUUGCAGAAUACGUCUCGGUCGCUGGUGGGAGCUUGUACAACGGGAAUGCCACCGGAGACUGUCAGUAUUGCGCCAUGUCUUCUGCAGACGAUUACCUUGCUGCCCGGGAGAUCUAUUAUGAGGACCGCUGGCGAAACUAUGGCAUCUUCUGGUGCUAUUUUGUUUUCAAUGUCUUUGGUGCAGUGACAUUGUAUUAUCUGUUUAGAGUGCGGAAGUGGAACACUGGAGGCUUGAAAGGAAAGAAAAAUGGGGGGAAGUAAAUCAACCGGAUCUUUGAAUAGUGUAAAUUGGGCUAUUCCAGUUUGUUUCUCUUAUCUGUCUAUAGAUUUCUGAUAUUGUACAAAUAUUUCAAAGAGUAAUCUCCACUAUGCUUGAG